AUGAAAUCAAGGACUACCUACAAAGUUACUCACCCUGCCGUAGCCGGACGUAUCAGCAAUUUCCUACCUUUCUUCCCUUUUAGCUACGUGCAAGUGGCAGUGAUCUCCCACAAGGUCUUAAGAUCGCUGGGUGAUAGAACACGUAUGCCCAUCGACUUACACAGCCAACCUCCACAACCAGUCGGUCAUCUUCAUCUGUCUCUUGUGAAGGAUGGCGACCUCUGCAAAUUCCUCGCCGAAGACUACAUCCAGGAGCUUGCAGCACGAUCAGUACAAAAUCGCGUCCACGGCUUGGAGGAUGAAGUUUUCAUGCUCUAUACUGCUUCGAGUGACGAGAUCACCGAAUCCACCAACGAAGGACCUCAUGUCAACUACACGAUGCAGCUCCAUCCAGCCGACCCGACCUUUGAGGUUGCGAUUCGUGAGGAUGGUGCAACUCUGAUCCGGUCCGAAUGA